AUUUGCGAAAUGAUGAAAUGCAGUGUGAACCCAUUAGCUUCUGGGAAUUGGUGAAUGUAUUUGAUGAUUUUAAGGUGGAUGCAGGCAGGCAGCUAGACGACUUUCGCAAUGCUAAUCAGACCUUAUCCGAGAAGCUACUUGGAAUGAAAACUCAACUAGAAGCCUUUAAUCAACUCGUAAAAGUUGGCAAUGCUGGAGACGAAAGUUUAAAGCCGCAUUUUAAAGAAAUGUCAAAGGAAAGGCGCAUAAUGGGUCACUUUUAUCGUCAAAUUAAACAAUUGUUGCUCGAGUCUUCCACUUCCUCAGCCAAAAUUGAUGCACUUUUUAACAUUCUUCACAAUAUGACUAGUUUCGGAUCUGAAACAAAGGAUGAGAUUCGAAAAAUGGAAUAUGAGCAUCAACUCCUCGAAGGAAUUUAUAGACAUCUUCAGACCCAGUUGGCAGCUAGUAAUGAAAAGGUUGCACGCUUAACUGAGACAACCACCUAUUUGAGACGAGAAAAAGAAAUUGCAGAGGAGGAAAUAUUGUCUACAAAAAUCAAGCAGAACCGCAUAAAAGGAGCCAACACGCCGACGAAUGGUUGCAUAUCAAUCAAACGAGAUUUAGAACAGAUGAAGCGAGCUUUUCUUGCGAGCGAAGAGAUUAUUGAGAACAAAAACAAGGAGAUCGCUGGAAAAGACGCUUUGAUACGAAAUUAUCAAAAAUAUUGCACAAAGGCGCAGCAAUAUCUUGAUCAAAAGUCUUGCGCAGACAACCACUUUCAAAGCUUCCAAGCCGAAAGAGAACAACUAAGAUGUGAAAAGGCUCAACUGUUAUCGGAGAAAAAACAGUUGGAGAGAACUGUAGCAUCUCUGGAUAAUAAAGUAAUUUCAUGCGAAACGGAAAACAUCCAAUUGAAACAUUCCCUGCAAUGGUAUAUGAACCAAGUAGAGCGAGUGGAAAACUUGCAUAAAACCUAUUUGAAUAAAUAUUUUACCGGAAAUUAAAUAAACUUAAAAGAAAUGUUAGUACACUAGUACGUAUAUACAAAUUAGAAUUUCAUAAAUAUAUGUUGCGCUCAUUUUUGCAACAACAACAAAAUCGUUCAGUCAAAAUCAUGGCUCGCUUCUCGUUUUUCUAACAAAACUUCUUCAUCGUGAUCAUCACUGCCAUCUUCGUUUGGACAAUUUCCUUCAACGUUUUCUUUUUCGGCUUGAAACCUCUCUUACUCAAACCAGCGGUUAAACCUGAUUCCGUCAGCCUAAAAAUGUAAUUAUUAUUUUUAGAAGCACGUCAGUAUUAUUAUUACAAGAUUUAGCAGUAACGUACGCUGUAUCCAUUUCGCAAUCAUCGUCGGAGUCUACCAGUUCCAAGUACGGAUUAUCUUAGUUGGUCUAACUAGGUUUUUUUUUGGUCCGUUUGUUUGCGACUUAUUGAGACUGCGCUUUUUAGCACCACCCCCACCUGGCUUCGGCCAGGUGGGGUUUUUUUUUGGUCCGUCUGUUUGCGACUUAUUGAGACUGCGCUUUUUAGCACCACCCCCACCUGGCUUCGGCCAGGUGGGGUUUUUUUUUUGGUCCGUCUGUUUGCGACUUAUUGAGACUGCGCUUUUUAGCACCACCCCCACCUGGCU